AUGUCUCUCACACUCUUCCCUCCCUUCACUCUCUCUCCUCGCUGGUGCACCCGAAAAGAAGAGGAAAACAAAAUGACAAGCCCUUCUCUCUGUCUCCUCUUCCUCUUCUCUCUCCUAACCCCAGCCCUCAUUUCAUCUUCCUCUGUUCAGGACCCUGAACUUGUAGUACAAGAAGUACAUAGGGCCAUUAAUGCCUCUAGGAGGAACUUGGGCUAUCUCUCUUGUGGAACUGGCAACCCCAUUGAUGAUUGCUGGAGGUGUGACCCCAAUUGGGAGAAGAACCGUCAAAGGCUAGCGGAUUGUGGAAUUGGGUUUGGAAAGAAUGCCAUUGGUGGAAGAGAUGGUAAAAUUUAUGUGGUCACAGACUCUGGUAAUGAUGACCCUGUGAACCCUAAGCCAGGGACUCUCAGGCACGCUGUAAUUCAGGAUGAGCCAUUGUGGAUCAUUUUCGCUCGGGACAUGACGAUUCAAUUGAAGGAAGAAUUGAUCAUGAACUCGUUCAAGACUAUUGAUGGUAGAGGCGCUAGCGUCCAUAUUGCAGGCGGUCCAUGCAUUACUAUACAAUUUGUGACCAACAUUAUUAUUCAUGGACUACACAUACAUGAUUGCAAGAAAGGAGGGAAUGCUAUGGUGAGAGACUCCCCACGGCACUUCGGAUGGAGGACUAUAUCAGAUGGUGAUGGUGUGUCCAUCUUCGGUGGUACUCACAUCUGGGUGGACCAUAAUUCAUUGUCAAAUUGUGACGAUGGACUCGUUGAUGCAAUCCAUGGGUCCUCAGCUAUCACCAUUUCAAACAAUUACAUGACCCACCAUGAUAAAGUCAUGCUUUUGGGGCACAGUGAUUCCUAUACUCAAGACAAGAACAUGCAAGUUACCAUAGCCUUUAAUCACUUUGGAGAAGGGCUUGUCCAAAGAAUGCCAAGAUGCAGACAUGGGUAUUUCCAUGUGGUCAACAACGACUACACCCAUUGGGAGAUGUAUGCCAUUGGAGGGAGUGCUGACCCAACCAUCAAUAGCCAAGGAAAUAGAUUUGUUGCACCUGACAUCAGGUUCAGUAAAGAGGUAACAAAACAUGAAGAUGCACCAGAAAGUGAAUGGAAGAAUUGGAAUUGGAGGUCCGAAGGAGACCUACUGGUGAAUGGUGCAUUUUUCACAGCAUCUGGUGCUGGUGCUUCUUCAAGCUAUGCUAGGGCAUCAAGCUUGGGUGCGCGACCAUCUUCACUUGUCGGUCCGAUGACAAUAGGGGCCGGUGCACUUGGGUGCAAGAAAGGGGCUCGUUGCUGA